GUGGGAGGGAGUUUGUGACAACGAAACAUACGACAGGUUUGUGCGCACGGUGCGCAACGCACCGCUCCGUUAACUGAUUGCGACUGAUGGACUGAAUUGAGCGGUUCAUUUAGCUUGUCACUCGAAGCUUUUGAGAUAGCAUCUCGUGGAUCCGGUGCGUUGUACUGAAAAUGAUACUCAAAUUGUAAACAGUCGUGAUAGAAUUGUCAUGUAUCGUUCUGUACGUUCGCGAGCAGUGUGAUAAACAACGCUGACACGCUGACAUGAGUCAGUUGUUGCAGGAGCGUAGUUGUAGGUGGAAAUAAUGGUGCGUUAAAUAAGAAUUGUUAAUCGCUCGAGAUAUCGCCGUGGUGAGCAAUGGAAGAUGAACAACCGGCGAGAGAGGCGAACAAGAUCUGCGGUGUCUGCGGCGAUCGUGCUCUCGGUUAUAAUUUCAACGCGGUAUCGUGCGAAAGCUGCAAGGCUUUUUUUAGAAGAAACGCUUUAAAGAAUAAGGACUUCAGAUGCCCCUUCACAGAGAAUUGUAAUAUUACACCAGUUACUAGACGUUUCUGUCAAAAAUGUCGCUUGGACAAGUGCUUUAGUAUCGGCAUGAGGAAAGAGUAUAUUAUGUCAGAGGAGGACAAAGUAUUAAAGAGGCAAAAGAUAGAGCAAAAUCGUGCAAAGAAGCGACCUCCAUUGGAUAACGCAAAGUCAUCAAAGACGAAGAAAGGUUGCCAGGAUGAUUGCAACUUUGAUGAUACCUCCAUGUCAAUUAACUCUGUUGCAUCGUCGGUAUCUGAUACAUAUUUUUGGGACCCCGAUAAGAAAUAUACAGAUCUAGAUGCAAAUAGACAAACUGUUACAGAAAGUAUGAGUCCUGUAACAGCUGCUAGUGCUCCAAGCCCUUCUAGUCCACCAGAGAAUGGAACUAUAACUGAAUCAAAAACUCUUGAAAUGAUGAAAGAUUCUUCUCAUAGUUCUAGUUCUAAUUUCAACAAUUAUGAUCACUCUUCUUUGCAUCAGGAUGAAAAUGAAACUGAUAUGGAAAGAUUGAGAGCUAAUUCUAAUUCUCUUAUACAGAGUUCACAGAGCUUUGACAAAGAUAAAUCUCUGUCUCAUAAUUUAGAGAAUAAUAAGAAAUUUGUAGUAAGUUCGGCCAAGCUAGAGCAGAAUGUUAUAGUCUUGAAGUCUGAGUUUGGUUCUACUAAUAACAAACCAUUAAAAUAUUCGUCUGAACUUGACAAUACCGAUAGUUAUCAUAAAUUUGACCAGAGUCCCAUGCAAAAUUCCACCUACAUCAAUCAUGCAUUGCAUAGUACAAAAACAAAUGCUGACCCAAAUUCAGAGGUGCACAUGAACUUACAAACUUGUUCAGAAGAGUCAGUAGUUUGUCAAAAACCAAACAAGGAAUCGUGUCCAAAGGAAGAUAAUUUAAUUGCCAAAUUCAUGCAAGAUCCGACCCUAGUUACAAAAUUACUUAACAAUUCCAAUUUCAUUGCAAAGAUAUUUCAAAAUCAGGACAUACUUCUAAAGAUCAUGACAGAUUCAGAGAUUGUUAGCAAGUUAGAAGAGGAUCCACAAAUUUCACAGUUCCUUAACGAGAAUAGUGCCAUUGCUGAAAGAGAGACAAAGUCUGACAACGAUGCAAACAUACAAUUUAGAGACGAUUUGAAGCUUACCAAUAUUUCGAGUCAGAUAUCAAAUCAAACGUUUAAAGUCAAACAAAGGCAUAUAGAAAAUCCGAUCUUGACAGACUUAAUCACAAAUUCUAAUCAAGAGGAAUGCAUGAAACAAUAUGUGGAGCCUGCUAGUAAUAGUAGUACUAAUACUAGUGCUAGUACUAGUAAUAAUAAUGACUGGAGUAAAAAUGUAACAGAUGUUACUCGAGAUGUACUUCAAGACGUACAGAGGGUACCCAUUGUUGCAAAUUCCAUUGAGUCUAUUCUCUGCGAGGCAAUUAAAUUAGAGUUUUCUGCAUAUUCUGCUCUUGGUGGUAUGGAAUCUAGAAAGGAAUUGAACGACGCGGAAAGAGCAAAGUUGAACGAAUUAAUAGUAGCCAAUAAAGCGUUAUUAGCUCCUUUAGACGAAGACAUAACGAAUUUAAUUGGAGAAGACUGUAAAUUUAAGAAUAAUUUCAGUCAAUCCCAUCCAGGCCUAUUAGAUGUUAUAAAUCUAACUGCCAUUGCCAUUCGUCGCUUAAUAAAAAUGGCAAAGAAGAUAAAUGCUUUCAAAAAUAUGUGUCAAGAAGAUCAAAUAGCUCUUUUGAAAGGAGGUUGUACAGAAAUGAUGAUUUUAAGAUCUGCUAUUAAUUAUGAUGCAGAGAAAGAUAUGUGGUGGAUACCACAUAGCCAGGAGAGUAUGUCGAAUAUAAAAGUGGAUGUAUUAAAAGAAGUAAAAGGAAAUCUGUAUGCAGAGCAUGCAAGGUUCAUUAGAAGCUUUGAUCCAAGAUGGAGGGAUGAGAAUAUUAUUUUAAUUUUAAGUGCGAUCGCUUUAUUUACACCCGAUAGACCGAAAGUGGUGCAUAACGACGUCAUCAAACUGGAGCAAAAUUCUUAUUAUUAUUUGCUCAGACGAUAUCUGGAAAGUGUAUAUCCAGGCUGUGAGGCUAAGUCUAUGUUUUUAAAGUUAAUUCAGAAAAUUUCCGAUCUUCACAGACUAAACAACGAAGUUGUUGGAGUGUAUCUAAAUUUAAAUCCAUCGAGAGUAGAGCCACUUCUUAUAGAAAUAUUUGAUUUAAAACAUUGAUCGAUUUUUUUUAUCCUUACAUGUAUUUCAAUAUACAGAAAAAGAAAUGCAUAUUUCCUUAACAAAUUUAAAAAACCUUUAUUAUGGGUUUGUUUUAGGAAUUGUUUUAUUUAUACAAAUAUUGUAUAGCAAUAAUUUAAAUAUUAAUACAAAAAUUUAACAGCAUAAAUUUACAAUGUUAAAAUAUGUGGUUGAGAAUAUAUGCAUGAAUAUACAUAAACUACUAAUGUAUAUAAAAUAUAUCGUUAUAUAAUUCUAAUGUUGAUAUAUAAUACUACGAACAAAAUUUUCUUCGUACUAAACUUCGCGUACAUGGAGGUACACUAUAAUAAUAUUUACGUACUCUAAUAUAGUUUUUUCCUAUUUCAAGAGUAAAAACAUUUAUUGGCAAUUAUAGAAUCUAUCUUUGAAAAGGAUAUUAAUUUUAUCGUUGAAUUGAUAUAUAAAAUUUUAUAAAUAGUAGAGAUUGUAGUUCUAAAUGAGCGUAAAAUAUCGUAUCGCUUCGUGUAAUUUUCUUCGCGUACCUAGAAUAAACACGUAUUAGCAUAAUAAUUCUUAUAUGAUUGUUGAAAACAUUAUGUAUAUUUUGUCGAGAGUACCUUAAACUGUUACGUCUGAAGAAAAUAUUUGUUAUACUUAUGCCAAGUUCUGUGUUCAUAUUCGACCUGUUAAUAUGUGCAAAAAGAAAACAUUUGUUUGUUUUAAAACAAAUUAAGAAUUUCUCAGUGAUAAAAAAACGAACAUGAAUUCAGUCCUUGGUAUAAAAAUUGUGAAACAUCACCGCUCCGAAUAUACGAAUGAAAAUGCGGGACAUGGCCUGCAUAGCGUGCGUCCACGUUACGAUGGUUAAAAUGUACACAAUUGUGAUAUCGUGUCGAAAUAUAUUUUUCAAAGACUUGUUA